AUGGACCUUGCUAACGUUGCCCGGGAUGUAGAUGGGUUGGAAAAACCACACGACAUGAACGCUUGGCUCGCCGACGCCUCGACCAUUCCUGGCCAGGAUAACGGCGCAUUCAAUCCCUCUACCAUCGACCCCUCAGCCGCCUUUCUCCAUGCCUCCCCCAACCCCCAGGAUCCAAACCAGUUCCAGCGCAUGUUCAAUGGCGUGCCAAGGAAUGCCUCCCCGGGUUUCCACAACCCGAACCAAGUAAUUCCUUCCAAGCGACCGCGGCCAGAAGAUGGAAUGCCUAUGUCACCGCGCCCUGCCCCCGGUGCGGGUGUCACUGGGUCGCGAUCGCAGACUCCCCAUCAAGUACCAUUCCCAGGCUACCAAGGUCCCGCAAAUGGCGCCCAGUUCCCUCAACAUCCGACUCCUUAUCAACAUCUCCAACAAGGUGCCUCACCCAAUGUGGCCCAGUCACCUAUCAUCCAAGACUUUGAGCAACAAAGUGUACGCAUGGGAACUACCUCACCAAGCCCUUAUUCACCAGCCGGUCCACACGUGGGUGGCCCUCACAUGUCACCCUCGCAAUCGGAUGGCAGCCGUGUGAACACCCCACAGAAUGGCCAAUUUAUGCCUGGGCAGGGAUUCCCUCAGUCCAUGAACCCGCAAUUUCAACAGGGACCUGGAAUGACUUCGGCAGGACAGCAACCUCCGAUGCAGGCACAACAAUUUAAUGGGAUGCAGCAGGUGCCUCAGGGUUAUCACCAAGCCAUUGCGGCUCAGCAACAGCGGCUUCGUCAAAUGCAAAUGCAGCAAAGCCAACAGAUGAAUGCGAACCCUCAAAUGGCCGGUCGCCCCCAAGUACCUGGUGGUAUGAACCCCAUGGCGAAUCCCCAGCAAAUGGCUGCUAUUCGCCAGAUGCAGCAGCAGCAACAACAGCAGCAGCAGCAGCAAAGCAUGGGAAAGCCUAAUAAUCCGGAGAUGUUUAUGAGAACGUUACAAAAAUUCAUGAUGUCACGAAACCUGCCUUUGGACCCCAACCCCAUUAUCAGCGGCCGUCCCAUCAAUGUCAUGCAGUUGUAUGGAACGGUUAUGAAAAUGGGCGGUUCCAAGAAAGUGACCGCGAUGAACUUAUGGCCGAUGGUUGCACAGCAACUCCAAUUCCCUCAAGUCCAGUUCCCCAUGGCCGCACAGGAAGUUCGGGAGUACCACCAAAGGAACCUGGCUCCUUACGAGCAGGCAUACUUCCAAUCCCAAUCCAAGCAGUUUGCUGAGAUGCAGCAGCAGCAACAGCAGCAGCAGCAACAGCAACAGCAACACCAUCAACAGCAGCAACCGCCACCUCCUCAGCAGCAGCAGCAGCAACAGCAACACCCGGUUGGGAUUCCCCGCCAGCCGAGCGAUCCAUCGGCGAUCCAAUUCCAAUCUCCGCAAGUCAAGCCGGGUCAAGGAUUCGAGCAACCCCAGCCACCAAUUCCCCACACACCUCAACAUAGCACCCCCGUCUCCAAUAAUGCCCAAGCUACCCCGGCCAAUGGGUUUGCCACACCCACUCAGGCCCGAAGCCAAAGCAAGCCACCUCAACAGGGUCAUCGGCUUAGUGUCUCACGGCAGUCACAGCCCCCUGCUCCCCAAUCAGAAGCCGCGGGACAGUUUGCCGCACCGUCUCCAUCCCAGCAAGGGAAGUCUUCUAUGACUCCAGUCCAGCAACCUGUGCAAGCUCCGGAACCUAAGCCAGACCAAGUAGUCAAGCGGCCGAUUGAAGACCCCUUCAAGCCUAUGAUCAUCACUGAGCAACGACUGCAUGGUCCCAUUCAAGUGGAUGAAAUGUACCAACUGGGCGAGGAGAUUCGAACGCUCAGACCCACAUUCCCGAGCUUCGCAGAAAUGGGGUUGGUAGAUAUUCAUGCGGUGACCAUGAGCUUGAAAUCUGGCAUUCAUGCCGAAGUUCGACUUGCCUUGGACACACUCACUACUCUUUCCUGCCAACAUGGCGUUCAGGUCUCACUCGAGAAUGCCGAGGACUUGAUGGAGAGCCUGGUGGAUUGUGCCGAUGAUCAGGCUGACUUCCUGGCCGAACAUUCUCAAGAAGUCUCCGAUGUGAUAUCUCUGCGUUCAUAUGAAGACGUCACUCGGGGAUGUCAGUCCGAACACACAUCCCUUGCCGAUGUGCAUGAAUUCGGGAGCCUUGAGCACGAGCUGGACCGUGCGGUAGAUCGAUUGAUAUGCAUCACGACCAUUCUUCGAAACUUUUCGUUUACUGAACCCAACUUUGCGCCAUUGGGAAUGCCCUCCGUGACCCAGUGUCUUGCAAAUAUCGUCCGAAACAUCGGCACUCGCGACAGGUAUCUGCGAACUGACCAAAAUCUGCUGGACUUGAUGAAAGAUGUUGUCAUUUUCAUGAGCAACUUGGCUCACGUCAUGCAAAUACCUGGGAAAGAAGAGGCCCUUAGCCUAUUGCACUUCCUCCUGGCAUUUUCGCCUUUGCCUGGCCCCAUAGCUGUGAAGUCGGGCCAGAUCAUGUUUGCGGCAUUUAAUCCUUCUAUCCACCGAUAUACCUCUUCUGCCGUCGAUGCCCUGGCUAAGCUGUUGGCAAGAGAUGACCCGAACCGUAUUUACCUCGGUGCCAUUUUCUCUGGGGACGGAUCUGCACCUCCGCAGCCCGAGCUUCUCACCCGCACAUUCGGUCUUGCCAUCUGUGCUGUUCCGGAUAAGAAGCCUCUGGCAGUUGUGGAUGCCCGCAUGGCCCUGCUCAUGCAGGGUCUUCUGGCAGCUGACGUUCUGACCACGUUUGCCGAUGGAGCUUUGGCCAAGCUAUGGCUUGGUUCUGUCGACGGGUUUGCCAUUCAUCUCUUGCGCAUUUCCUGUUUGUUGUGCACGGAGCGUCUUCCGAAUAUCAACCCACGUUCAAGCCGCCAGGCCGAGGCCGAAGCCUAUGCAUAUGGCUCGAUCAUCCAUCGUGGACUCGCCAUCCUGCGCCGACUCGCCGAAAAGUCUAAGCAAGUGGACAACGCCUCCCCCCUUCACCUUCCCUCCGGUAUCCUCCCCAGCAAAGAGAGCUUGCUUGGUGCCCUGCUUCUUGCGAACAUGGACCCUACCAUCAUCCGUCAACUCCUCACAUAUGCCAAUCUAGCAGAGUAG